AUGGGAAGUGGCCCGGACGGGGGGGCGACGGCGUCGCCGAUGGGGCGGAUCGCGCUGGAGGCCCAGCUCGUAAGCACCGCCCAGCACCACCUGCAGCGCCGCUUCCCCGCCCUGCGCCACCGGCGGGGGGAAGGGUGGGUGCAGUUCACCGCCCCCGCCCUCGACGACGCCCGCCGGCUCCAGGCCGAGGUUCAGCUGCUUUGCACGGCGCUGAUUCGCGGCCAGACCGGCGGCCCGACGGCGCUGCGCCUCGCCGGCGAGCCCGCCGAGGCCGACUUCGCCGCGAUCGCCGAGCGGGCCGUCGGGUUUGGCGAGUUCCUCCGCACCUCCGGCGACCUGCCGGAGCCGGGGAAGGGGCUGAACGACUUGGACGACCCCGCCUCCUCCACCGCGGCGGUCUUCCGCAUGCUGGAGGUGCUCUAUGAAGACCUCGUGAUGGAUAUCCCGCAGGGCGUGCACGGGGUGCGGGACUUCCCCCCCGCCCUCUGCCCGACCGGCGCGCGCUUUGACGUCUUGUUGAAGCGCGUGAUCGGCAUCAAAGCCUUCUCCGCGGCCCCCCUCGACGCCGUGGUGGCCCCGCGGGCCCCGAGGACCCGGCGGGGUCCGGGAAAACGGCCCCCGAAGAGGAAGAGGGGGCGGCGUCGUUCGCGAAGAUGCCGCUGA